AAAUGGACCGUGGUGGCAGGAUUACUAGGAGAAACCCGACGGGUCGUGUACCAGUGGAGACUGGACAGGGCAGUCGAAGGACCUCUAGGGCAUCUAGAGGAGCUGGCCGUGGAGGCCAAUCACAGACCGUGAGCGACGGUCAUGUCGACACGGAAAGUGAAACCUACUGGUCCUAUGAGGACUCGACCUAUCGACCGGAAACUGAACCGGUUGAGACCCCUUAUGAAGGGGAUGAUGAUGAUGUAAGUGAUGAGGAGGAAAAUGGCUCCUUAGCACGGAUUGAAGCACUACUUCAACAGUACCACCGUGAGCGUGAGGAGAGGAGGGAACGCCGAAGGCGCCGG